AUGUCCGCGCGAGCAGGAGACCUUCACCUGGACCUGUCUUCGGCACUCAACAAGGGCAAAAGCGCCAAGUCACAGGAUGUAGCCGAAUCAUGGGAGGACGAAGACGUCGACAUGGACACACCUACUGCUUCUGAUGCUAUGAGCCCAACACAGCCCACGUCAUCAAACGGUAUGGCACCCAAUCCACCUCCGCCAACGCCAAUCUCGCCGGCUGGCCAGGGCUACGACUGGUCUGCAGCUGGUGUCUUAGGUGGAGGACGCCCUCAGCCGCGAGAUGGGCCCGGGUUAGUUUCGCAACGUGGAGAUAGUGACAGGCGGCCGGAGAAGACGACAGCGACUGCAUCACGGAUGAUUGCUGCCGGACUGGGCGUCAGGGCGCCAAAGAAGACCGAGGAGCAGAAGCAGUAUGAUCGCGCUGUCAAGGAACAGGAGAUUAAGCGGAAGAACCGCGAAAAGGAAGAUCGAGAACGUGCACAGGCUGACGAUGAACGUGCGAAGGCCGCCGUUUGGGACGGAUGA